UGUCGAAACCUCUACAGAACACAGGCACACACUCUCACACGCAUGCUGUAGGUAUACCAACACCGGACAGAAAGUUACUCAACGAUCUCUCUUACUUCCUAUUGAGGAAGAAAUUUUGAAUUCUGAUAAAAUUACCACAGCAAGAAGGUCAGGAUGAUGUAUAAAUUGCACUAUUCCAUGAUACAUUAAAAGUGAUAAAGUAACUUGGACACUUGCAGACAAAGGAGAGAGCUGCUAAUCUGUUUAUGCAGUGACUUCCUCUUUUCUGUAGUUUCCGUCCAAGAGCUUCCUUUUUUUUUUUCCUCCUUAAUUUUUUAAUUUUCUUUAAAUUGAAUUUCCAUGCCGUCGGCCAUAAAUGCUGUGGUGGCUCAACAGACAGAAGCUGGGUCAGUUCCCAGCACCAACAUUAGCACAACAGCUGAAACAGGAGGAGGCCCUGGGGGAAUCUAUUCUGCUAUCAUCAGUCGCAACCAACCCAUUAUUAGAGUGAAGGAAAAGACCUUUGAAGAACUUCACAAGAAAUGCCUGGAGAAGAAGAUUCUUUAUGAGGAUCCUGAUUUCCCACCUAAUGAGAGCUCCCUCUUCUACAACCAGAAGCUCCCCGUCAAGUUUGAGUGGAAAAGACCCCCAGAAAUCUGUGAGAACCCACGCUUUAUAAUUGGUGGAGCCAACCGAACAGAUAUUUGUCAAGGAGAAUUAGGUGACUGCUGGUUCCUGGCUGCCAUUGCUUGCCUGACAUUGAAUGAAAAGCUGCUCUGCCGAGUCAUACCUCACGAUCAGACCUUCAUAAAAAACUAUGCUGGGAUCUUUCACUUCCAGUUCUGGCGCUAUGGAGACUGGGUGGACGUUGUUGUUGACGACUUUUUACCAACAUAUAACAACCAGCUGGUCUUCACCAAAUCCUCCCAGCGCAAUGAAUUCUGGAGUGCUCUGCUGGAAAAGGCUUAUGCAAAACUCCACGGAUCUUAUGAGGCGUUGAAAGGAGGCAAUACUACAGAGGCUAUGGAAGAUUUCACAGGUGGAGUGACUGAGUUCUAUGAGAUAAAAGAUGCACCGAAAGAUAUAUACAAAAUCAUGAAACAUGCCAGUGACAGAGGAUCACUCAUGGCCUGCUCCAUUGAUGACAAUAUGGGCUUUUCAUAUGGGAGUGCUCCUCAAAGUGAUCUUGGGGAAUUAAUCGCCCGAAUGGUGAAGAAUGUGAAUAGCAUGCCACAGAUUGACCCGGCUCUAGAGUUCCAAAGCGUAGAUGAAAGGCCAGCCUGGACUAUAGUCCCAAUGCAGUUUGAGACACGCAUGACUUGUGGACUAGUCAAAGGACAUGCCUAUUCAGUUACUGCAGUGGAAGAGACAUCAUUUAAAGCAGGAAAAAUAAAGCUAGUGCGGCUGAGGAACCCGUGGGGACAGGUGGAAUGGAAAGGAGCCUGGAGCGACCGUUCAGAUGAAUGGACCUUAAUUGACAAAGCAGAGAAAAUCCGACUACAGCACAAUAUUGAAGAGGAUGGGGAGUUCUGGAUGUCAUUUGAAGAUUUCAUGAGGUACUUCACCAAGCUUGAGAUCUGUAACAUCACACCUGAUACUCUGGAGGCUGAUAAGCUCCACACUUGGACUGUUUCAGUCAAUGAAGGGCGUUGGGUGAGAGGCUGCUCUGGAGGAGGUUGUCGUAAUUAUCCAGAUACAUUUUGGACCAAUCCUCAGUAUCGCUUGAAGCUCCUGGAAGAGGAUGACGAUCCUGAAGAUAAUGAGGUUGUCUGCAGCUUCCUGGUUGCACUGAUGCAGAAAAACAGGAGAAAAGAGCGCAAACUCGGAGCCAACCUCCUCACUAUUGGCUUCGCCAUUUAUGAGGUGCCAAAAGAGAUGCAUGGUAACAAGCAGCAUUUACAAAAGGAUUUUUUCCUUUACAAUGCCUCCAAAGCUAGAAGUAAGUCAUAUAUAAACAUACGAGAAGUCUCCGAACGCUUCCGGCUGCCUCCCAGUGAGUAUGUCAUCAUCCCAUCAACAUAUGAACCUCACCAGGAGGGGGAGUUCAUCCUGAGAGUCUUCUCAGAAAAAAGAAACCUUUCAGAGGAAGUUGAAAACAAGAUAGAAGUAGAACGUCCUUCUAAAAAGAAAAAAGACAAGCCAAUCAUCUUUGUUUCUGACAGAGCAAACAGCAAUAAGGAGUUGAAAGUUGAUGACAUAUCUGACAAGGAGAAGAAAAAAACAAGCAGAGAUGAGAAAAAGAAAAGCAAUGAGCCCACUCCAACGAAAUCUGACAAGGACAGUGAAGAAGAGGAGCAGUUCAGGAAUAUAUUCCAGCAGAUUGCUGGAGAUGACAUGGAGAUCAGUGCUGAUGAACUCAGAAGUGUUCUGAAUAAUGUUCUGAAAAAACACAAAGACCUGAAGACAGAAGGGUUUGCACUGGAGUCCUGCCGCAGCAUGAUUGCCUUAAUGGAUACAGAUGGUUCAGGGAAGAUAAAUUUCCAAGAGUUUCAACAUCUCUGGAAUAAGCUGAAAAGCUGGCAGAAAAUUUUCAAGCAUUAUGACACAGAUCAUUCUGGCACCAUUAACAGUUAUGAGAUGCGUAAUGCAGUCAAAGAUGCAGGAUUCUCCCUGAACAAACAGCUCUAUGACAUCAUUACAAUGCGCUAUGCUGACAAAAACAUGAACAUUGAGUUUGACAGCUUUAUCUGCUGCUUUGUGCGACUGGAAGGAAUGUUCAGAGCAUUCCAUGCCUUUGAUAAAGAUGGAGAUGGUAUAAUUAAACUCAACGUCUUGGAGUGGCUGCAACUCACCAUGUAUGCUUAAAAUCCACCUGGCCUCCCUCCCCUUGUGCAUGAACAAUGCCCACUACGCUCAGGAUUUCUGUUGGAAGCAACCAGGCACAUUCACCUCAGAAUAUGAAGGACUUCUCAACGCAGCUGCCUCCCCUGAUAAGAGCCACAGAGCGAGGAAUCAUUGUUACUCAAGGCAAUGUGCAUCUUCCUACUGAACUCCAGGAAGGCGCAAUAUCAUUUAGCAGAGUGCUAACUGGAGGUCACUAUCUGAAAACUAAUAUAUUAAUCCCUCCCUGAUAUUUUGCUUUUGCAACAAAGUUAACUUAUUGAUGACCAAAUUUAAGCAUUUUCAGCAUGGUGAAGAUACCCUCAGUUACUCCUCAUACAAAGCACAUGCCUUUCCAAUACCAUGCCAGCAUCUGGAAAAUAUUUUCCCCAUCUGUGUAGGACUAGUAAUUCUAGAUCAAUGGAUAGUCUUUGUGGGGCUAGGUCUGUACCUAAGUUGUUACUAGUAGGCACAACCGCCAUCUUCUCACUCUUCCGUUCCUCUGUUCUAAUCCUGGUUUCAGUGUUGUUAGUGCUGCAUCUUCACAACAAUGUACUCAACUAUAGAUCACAUUGACAUGUGUUUUUUCAUGUGAUGAACCAUCAAGUAUUUUUCAUAUUAGGUCUCAUGGGCUGGUGUUGAUCUUGUACAAGAACAUAAGUGAUAAGACAUUAUGGCUAUGGCUGUCUCUGGACUGCAUCCCUCUGCCGACAGAGGGAUGCAAAUCAAGCACUUCAGAAGAGCAAAUGAGCCCGGGAUUUAAAUAUCCUGGGCUUCAUUUGCAUAUUCAUGUUCCAACGCUGUGCCGAUCAGGUUCAGUGUCGAAAGUGAAAGUAAAGUGUAGCCACAGCUCUGCUGCAUUUCUGCUGACAGCGAGGGCUUUUUCGCCAGAGCCUGUACUCAUGUUUUGAGGAGUGCAUUGCUUUGUCUCUGCUAUUUUAACCCACGGUAGCUAAUUCUCCUCCCCCUCACUUUUUUU